AGCUAUACCAUGACGCAUUGCGCUGCCACUUCCGCAAGUGGUCGCCAUAUUUGUUGAGGAAGCCCACUUCCUUGAAGAAAGACGACAGAAAAAUCUAAAUAAUGGCCGAUUAUGAAGAGCAAAUUUCAGACCAAGAGAAGGUAAUAAACUUUGAGAACUUGGCCUGUGUUUGAUGUCGUCGUUAGUGCAAUUUUGUGCUUGAAAGUGAACUAAUUCCUGGAUUGUAAUUGCUUUGUUUCAGCUUCGAAUUGCUGAAGACUUUAUAAAACACGCCCCUCCGGGCGAGUUUAACGAAGUUUUUAAUGGUAAAUAAAACUUAGUUCUGCUUGUUUCGAACCGCCGUUUCAAACCUCGGUCUUUAAACGUUUGCUUUUUCCCCUGCAGAUGUCCGAGUGCUCUUCGACAACGAUGGUUUGUUAAAAAGUGGUGCUGCUAGGUAUUAUACAUUUGUGAGAAUUCAAUCUUUUAGCACUUCGAGUAUUGUUUUGAACACAACAAGAUGAAAAUAGCAAAGAAAGUGAAUAUAAAACUUUAACUUCUAUUAGAUAUGUUGGCAAAUUUCCAUUUCAUUUAGUGGUUUUGAAUAUUUUGUACUUGUAAGAUGCUGUUAUUCUUCGUUUCAUGUUUCGUUUCGUAAUAUGUGCUCAAAUUGCUGAAACAUUUUUGGUGCAUUAACUAAACCACUGAACCUUUCAAAAUAUGCGCUUGUCAGAGUCUAAAAUAGAUUUAGGUGACAUUAAAUUUCAUAUUAAACAUGUACAAUAGUUGUGUACAUUUGCUGAACUCUUUAUUUAUUAAAGACUUGAAUUAAGUAUUAUUUUAUUAUCAUUUCAAAAUACUAUGUGAAUUUGAAUUUCCUGAAGUCUAAAGUGGUUGGCUUUCUAAAUGGGAAACUACGAUUCAAGUGCUAAUUUGCAUGAUAUGUGAUUAAAAGAACAAAUUAUAUGUUUUGUGAAUCUUUUUACUGUUUUUAGUUUGUUUUUUGAAAUUUCAAAAUUUUAUACCUAUUAAGUAAUGAGUGAAUACAUUACAUAUGUCAUAACUGAAUUCACCCUUCUGGGAAGUAUGUCACCUUGGGCAUAGAGCCUUGUUUUCGUGUAUGUAGCAUCAGUUAAAGUCCAACAUGCCAAUCACAAAUGUAGGCUAGAAAUCUAGUGACAUACUUUCUGGAAGCAUGUAUUAUACACCAUCAAAAAUAUACUGUCAAAAAUAUGCCACCAUUCCUCUGGUAGAGUAAACUUAAACUACCAUAUGUUUUAUCCAUUGAACUAUAAAUAAACUGGAAGGCUAACUCCUAUGAUGAAGGCCUAUGAUUCGUUGAAGCCCGCGCGGGGGGAAAUCAGCUUUCAAAAGGACUAAGGAGAGUUUCGAGGAGUGAGAAAAAUUCGGUCAAAAGUUUGUUUUCGAGCAAAAAUUUGCAAGAAAAACACUUUUUCCAUGGGAAUACUACAAUGAUUGGGAUUCAAACCAGGUUUGCCGAUUAGUUCUGACUGUUUUACAUCUCUCUGCAGCAAAAAAUGAUGAAAGUUUGGACGUGCCGAAGGAAACCUCACUCUUCAACUCAAAAAAAUAUACUGUAAAACAUUAUGACAGUCCCAAAACUUGUGUUGUAUUAAACCCCCGGUAUCGUUAUUGAUCCUGAGCUUUUAGUCCUUGUUUCAUUCCUUCUAAAACAUAAAUAAAUUGGCGUUUUUCAAGUGAUGUUAUUUUCGUCAUCUCUCUCUUGUUGACCACUAUGAGCACUUUGAAUAUGGCAAUAUUUUUGUCAUUUUUUAAAUGCUUUUUUUUUCGACCUUAAGGUUACAUCAUAUGAUAGAUUCCUGUUUCAGAAAAAUUGUCACUGCGUGCUCAAUUUUUUAGUUACGUUCCUCAAAUUUGGUACACGCGAUGAUAACUAACUGUAGAAGCUACUGUUUUAACCAAAAUUCACCACCUUUUAACCUGUAGUCGCAAUAAGACAUCUUUUAAAAAAUAGCACCUCUUGCGCCACGAGAUUUAACGACAGACCGUUUAACUCAGGAGCUCCCAAAAUAUCAUAUUUCUCAUCUCAAAUGUCUAAAGAAGAAAAAUGUGUUCGCAUUUUUUGACAGCUAUUGUAUUCGCUUUGAUAUAAAGCAGACAACUUGACUUAUCUUGCGCGUGUAUAAGCGGUUGAAGAGAUGCUUCUAAAUUGAAAAAUAAUGCACUAAAUCGAAAACGCGAACACAUUUUCGUUCUUAUAUUAUUGAUUAACAUUGUGGCCAAGUUUGGGACGAAUCGGAUAAAACGCUCUGUCGUUAAACCCUUUUUUGUCGAGGAGAUUGGGUAAUUUUGCUUUCUCUUCAAACGAGGAUUUAAGAUUUGACCAGGUUUACACUCUUUCUGUCAUUUUCUCCGCCCCCAAUGUUAAUCCACUUGUAACCUCGUGUGGUUAACCAAUCACAAACAACCAAACUUUAAUAUUUUUGGCAAGGUGUUCAUCACAUUUAUAUUUAUAGCCAAUUCUAGUCUAUAGACUACAAAACGCAAACGCAUUAGAAAAAUCAACGAAGCCGACAUCGCGCAUAGUUUGAACAUCGAGAGAUUCUGUAAAUACUAUAUCAUAAGCUUUCUAAAGUUGUCGCAAUGAUAUAUGACUCCGAGCAAUAACAAACGGCUUAUACUUUAGUGAAUUUCACACCUUGAUAUUUGACGCCAGCAAAGUUCAAUCAUAAUUACAAGUUUCGCGCGAAGCUAUUCAGUGGUCAUAGCAGUUCCCCCUAUAUCUCGGUCGCUUUUAAACAUUUUCUUAAAAAAGUUGCUGGAAUUGAGAGAUAUAUCAUUACUUAAUAUGAAUAUAUAAAAAAAAUUUUUUGGACAAAAUCAGAGUUUCAUCAUAUAAUGUAACCUUAAAACGUUCAAUCUUCUUGAAACUUCGCAUACAGAUGUAUUUUGCAUGGGUUUAAAUAAUUCCUGAGGUAUGACGUCUUAGUUUUAUCUUAAACUUUCAAAAACUCAGAAAAACCAGCCUAAAAUGCAUGGUUUUUCUGACCGUUUAUGUUUAUGGUCGUGUUUUUUCGUAUUUUUUUGCUAAUUCGUGAUUUGUUUGAUUUGCGAAUAUUAAAGGCACAGUUCAGCCUGUUGAACGAUGGUUUUUAAGGCGCAUUUCAGCCCUUUUAAUUGAAAAAACUAACUAGGAAAAUCAAUUAAGCAUAAUUCAAGAUCACCAAACUUAAUGUUUUUAACAUUUAAAACCUUUAUAUUGUUAAAAACAUCGAGGUUACUGAUUUUGAAUUAUGCUUAAUUGAUUUUCCUAGUUAGUUUUUUCAAUUAAAAGGGCUGGAAUGCGCCUUAAAAACCAUCGUUCAACAGGCUGAACUGUGCCUUUAAAUUCGUUUAUCAUACUACUGAUAUAAAUUAAAUUUGGUGGUAUAACUAAUAUUUUGGGGCAAGAUUUUUCUGAUCGAAAAAUGUGCACAUUUUCAAAAAAAUUUUUAAAAAGGACUGGGGCUACCUGCAGAAAACACUCAUGGCCGGCUUCAAAGAUGGCGGCGAACUUAUCGUUCCAGUGUAUUUAUAGUUCAAUGGUUUUAUCUAUGGCAAUCGAUAGCAUUACUUAAUCAACCUAGGGUAUCUCAGCAGUGCUCACAAUAUUGGAAAAUCCUUGUCAGCCAAAGAUUGCUGUCAAUUUUUUGUCCUGUAAUGACAAUUUUCUGUCUCUCAUGAUCUCAUCACUUACAAAAUUGACCCUUGACGUCACCUUACUGUGUGCCGUAGUCAUUUCUAAGGUCAAUGAAAGUAUUCGUAAACAUAGCGGCAAAGUUUUUAGAUGAAUCAAGUGAAUUAAAAAUCAUCAUGGGCGGAGGCAAAUAUAAAGAAAUGGUGGAGUAGCAGCAUUGGGUCAAUCCAGAAAGCAUCCAUACCUCUCCCACAGAGGAGAUUGGAAGUUAACCCCCCUACCUGCUUUGGAAGUCCUAAUACACUUACUAUCAUCAGAAACAAAUUUUUCUUCCCUCCCCCUUCAGACUGUAGAAAUUUCCUCCUUGGGGGCAGGAUUGAUCUUUUCUGGAAUGACCCACCAUAUUUUCAGUGAAACCAAAUAUUUUGUAUAAAUUCAUUGACUACAUACUACACCAUGAUCUAUACAUCAGUCACACUAUUCCCUUCCCUUAUACUUCAUUCUAAAAGGGUGUGACCCCUUUCUUUUCCAGUUCAUUUUCACAAUAUAACAAAGAACAAUUUACUCCAGUGAAGAUUGAAGGCGCUGAACAUCAGGUAUCGUAGCCACAGGGAGCGUAAGCCACAGGGGGAUGUAUUACAGAGAAAAAAAGUUUUGACAAAUAUUUAUGUGACACCUACUGUUGUUAGUGUCAAUAUAUCACAAGAUUUGCAUUUUCAAAAUAUGCUAACGAUGCUAAGUGGCAAUUAUAGGUUCAAUUAUUUAGUUGAAAGAAGUUUUGCUUCUUCACAAAUAGUACUUCCACUUUCCAAAAUCCAAGAUUCUUUUUUCUUGAUUUUCACCAAAAUUUCCUUUCGCUAGAAAUGUUGCUCUUCCAUGAAAGAAAUAGUUCCGGUUACAUAAUAUUAAUAAUUUACGUGGUGUUUCCACAAACUAAAGUAUUAUAAUUAAAGUUGUCUCAGUAUUCCUAGACCACAUUCAACUGUGAGUAUUUACUUUGGUUUCUAAACAUGAUUGUAGGCGAAUUUUCACUAGCGUUUCAAUCCAGUAUCAUGCGCAGCAAAAUACUGAAAUGUCAGUGUAUCUGUAUUUUUGGAUUAUAAAUAUUGUCAUUACCUGAUCUGUGGCUUUCAGAUUAUCAUAAAACAUGUCUAAAGUGAAUGAAAUAGCAUUUUGCAGACCCUAAUCCUUUUUCUGUAGGUUUUAGUGACAUCACAUGGAGAGCUGCCUGAUGGUACAUUUAUUGAUCCAAAAUCAAAACAGAAAUUUAGCUAUGACCAUUUAAGAAAGGUAAGUUAUUUUAAAUGUUGGCCAGAGGGUUGCAUCCCCAUGUAAUCUCCAGUACCCUCAUAGAUUGCUAACAUUUACCAGUUGUUGACAUGCAGUAAAACCGAAACCCCUCCCCCCUGGAGAAAUAUGAAACCCCUGAAAAAACUACACCCUUAACCUAGAUUUACUCCUGAAUUUUGUAAAAAUAUUUUGUAAAAAUAAUUUUUAUUUUUCUAAUCCUUAGGAAGCCAGCAAUGCUGAGCCUAUCGAUGUCGAUCAAGAGGCAGAGCCUUGGAGAGAACAGCUGGAUAGUGAAUAUAGAAAAUACAUUCAAAAUCAUUAUCCACAUGGCAUUGGCACGGUAAACAUAUAUUUGUAAACAAACCUUCAGACCAUUUAAUGUGUUGAAUACUUGAAUUUAGAAUGGAAUACAUAGAGAAUAAUACAUGGGUGUGCGGAAAUACCAGAUUUAUUUCGAGUGUUGAACAUAUCAUGUUCAAUACGAGAAAUAAAUCUGGUAUUUCCAAGCACCCAUGUAUUUUUCUGUUAAUAAAUAUAAACAAAAUCCAGUGAAAAACAAUAAAAUGUCCGUGGCAAUGCGUUUUACAACAAAUGAUAUUUUCACACGUAAUAAUAUCGUAUUUUUUACAUGUGUUUAAAUACGAUUUUUAUCAGUGGCCAAAAACUCUAUAUAACACUUAUGUUUAUAUAAUAAAGUAUGUUUAUUACCUUUUGCAUUUAAGCAUUACCCCACGCCGUGAUAAAAUGUUUUUCCCGAGUUUUGCAACUGCUGUUUGCGUUUUGCAAUAGUCAUUUCCUCUUCCAUAUUGAGUCAAAACAAAAACAAUCUGAAAUUAUAAAUUCCUCUUUUGGCACUUUUGCUGUUUUAGUUAGUAUUUUGUAUGAUUACAUACAUUUUGGAUCAUGAUUAUUAUAUGAUUACAUACUGUUCAAAAAAUGCCCCUAAUUUGUCCAACCAUGUGCAAAAUAUUAGUCCUUGUAACUUUAUUUUCGGUCAAGACUCAUCACAGAAUAGAAAAUGACUGUUGCAAAAUGCAAAGUUACGGCCUGUGUCAUAUUUUGACAUGUGAAACGUAAAGUUGUCCAAUCACGAUGUUAGUUGCAAAACUCAGAAACAACUUUUUAUCGUGGAAUGGGAUAACCCUUCAAUGCAAAUGGUAAUAUUGUAAUUAUAUAUACACCAUGUUUUGUCAUUUAGGUUUAUGGUAAAAAUGUCAAUGGAAAUAUCACGUUAAUUGCUUGUUGUGAGGACCACCAGUUCCAGCCACAGAACUUUUGGUAGGUUUAAUGCAUCUUCCUUCAAAUUAUGGUUUACAAAAUGACAAAAUACAUCAACAGUAGCUAAGUAUAUUAAUUUAACCCAUUGACUGAUUGAGCAUCAAUGCUCUCUCCCCUUAACAUGUAAAAUCGUCUGGCAUUAGACAGAGUACAAUAAUAAAGUAGGGCACAUUAGGGUGCAAUGCAGCUUAUUGGGCUAUUAUUUAUCCGAUGUAAGUUUUCUUGACCUUAAUUUGCUGCACUUUUAGGAAUGGGCGAUGGAGGGCAGAAUGGACCAUAUCAUUUCAAGGCCCUGGUUCAACAUCAGAACUGAAGGGGUUAAUUAAAGUACAGGUUGGUAUAUUCUUGUGUAAACUAGUGAUUUCAACCUCGUUCCCAGGCUCUUGUGGAGGAAAGAUCCUGGUAGGAGCUGGUCAUGUGAUCAGCUAAAAUCUAGCAGAUUUCUAAUUAACUAUCUUGGAUUCCUUUUGUCAAACUUGUAGGUGCACUAUUAUGAGGAUGGUAAUGUCCAGCUUGUCUCUUCUAAAGAAAUCACUUCAGAAGUUAAAGUUACUGUAAGUUCUUAUCCAAGGCUAAAGUUUUCCUUGGCAGCUGUUGACACGAACAAAUUUUCCUUGUCCAAUAGUUGGCAUGACCAGCUUUGGAAUAAUUUAUUUGUUUAUUUAUUAUGCUUUGCCAAUUUUACACAAUCUGCACAAACACAAGAAUGUACAACUUAUCAAUCGUAGCAGGGUACAGUAUAUGCUACAGUUUAUGCCAAUUACAGUAGCCCUUACAAAACGAACAUGACACAUUCUUCAUUAGAUCUUUAGUAAUAUAGGAAGGCCAGUUUGCACCCAGGAAAACCCUCCGCAGAAUAGGAACGGAAAGUUACAAAGUGCUAAAGUUGUUGGCAAGGAAAACAAGUCUCGUUGGCAAGGAAAAGUUGUAAUUGUUUUGCCGUACACAUGACGAUAUAAAUUAUAAAACUUGUCAAGGAAAAAGUUCUCGUCUGUAUAAGGCUUUAUUGUGUUAACCAAACCAUCUGCCAAUUGUCUUGUUAGUGUUCAUACGAUAACCGUUCAGUUGUCAUUGAUAAUUUCAGAGUGAAAAUGGCACAGCUAAAAGUAUAGUUGAUGUAAUAAAAGAUGAAGAAGAAAGUUUUCAGGUAAAUUGUUUGCAUUCCUGUAUAUUACUAUGUUUACUUUCUUAUUGCGAGCAAGGCAAAUGAACUAGGACUGGAUGGGUUUCUGUAGUGUAUAUCAAGAUUUUGUUGGUAUCUCACUCGAUUGAAUAAAAGUUGGAGUGUUUUGUUAGAUGGAAAUUACCGAGUGGAAAUUCUAUAUACAUUUAUUAGAAAUAAUUGGGAGUAUACAAGUUGCAAAAAGAUAUUGGAAAAUUUCUGAUAUACCGCACAGUACGCCCAGGCAAGGGCGGAUUUUCAUUUUUUAAAGGAGGGGUAGAAAAAAUUCUGGUGGGGUGCAAGCGGCACCACUGAGCGACUAGCGAGCUUCGACAGGGGUUAGGCGUUAAUGUUAAAGACUUUCACACAAAAUAGGAGGGGUGAAGCAAAAGUUUGGUGGGGUUGAACACUUUAUAAGAGGGUUAGAGAGAUUCUAGGAGGGGUUUACCAUGCGCCCAGGACCUUCUGACCCAGCUGUGCAGUUAGGUCAAGUCACUUGCAAGUAAUUAACUCUGGGGUUACCAUGGAUCCCAACAUCUGACACGUGAUUUUUUAUUGGAAAUUAUAAAGUUGAUGCUUGUGAUGUUACUCUGAGUGUAUAUCCACACCGGGCAAGCUUGAAAAAUAUGCCUGACCACGGUGGGAAUCGAACCUACGACCUUUGGAAUACUAGCUAAAGUUGUUUCUGAACAUUUCGUUGAUCGCAUGUUCCAUUCUUUUUUCAUUUCUGGAAAUCCUUCUAACUGUCCUUCAUGCCACAUAUACCCGAUUGGGCUGUCAAUUUCCCGUGCGUAAUACAAAAUGACUGAAAAACGGAAAACUUCGCAAGGCUAUAUUAUCCGCAUUUUACAACAUUUCGCAACGAAACUUUGGAAUAUUACUAAUUUUGUCAUGCUCUUUCUAGCUGUGAUGAAAUUUUUGUCUAGAUAAAAAUUUAGUCUAUAAUGCAAAUGGUCUAUUUGAUAAUAUAAUUACUGUAAAACGUAAUUCAAAAUAAAUGUUACUCAGGUAUGUUUGCAGUGAAAUAUCAUUCGAAGAUGCAAUAGAUAUAACAUCCCACUGGAUACUGCAUGAGCUUGUGAUUUCCAGUAUCCAAAUUUAAAAUAUGGUAUCCUGUGGAUAUCGGGAUACUGCAAAUUUGAAGCCCUGUGACGUAGCAACUUGUUACGAACAGCCUGUAUUAGUCCUGUUGGAACAACUUGUAGCAAGUCUGUUACCGCCAUCAACCUUGUAACAGGUGAUAACAACUUGUUCCAAACUUGUCGCAACAACUGCAAACAAGCCGUGUGAACGCAUCCUGAUAUCGGUUUGACGACCAUCUUGUCACAACUUGUUUGUAGAUCUGUAUAACAACUUGCGCGAUUUUACGGUGUGUGGUCACUUAGUAAUGUUUGACACAAUUGUGUAUUUCAGAAAGCAUUAUCAGAAAAUUACAGUACAAUGUCGCAAACGACAUUCAAAGCAUUGCGUAGACAACUACCCGUGACCAGAACGAGAUUGGAUUGGAAUAAAAUCGCUGGCUACAAAAUUGGGCAGGAGCUCAAGACAACUACUUCGUGAGCAAACACGUGAAUAAUCGUCCAAUAGACUUGAUUUAAUUGUCGAUACACUUAACUAUAAUAAGAAGGCAGCAGGCCGAGACAGCUUUUUGAAUCCUGUCCUAUAUUUUCACAAACAAUUCAGAGAUUAAGCGUUUGUAUAAUUUAUAUUAGCGGAAAGUAAAAUCCUACUGAUUGGGUAAACACGUAGGUCGAAAUCUCCUAAAAAUAUAACUAACAUAUACUCGUAAUGAUUGUUAAAAAUGGUACAAUUUUUUUCUUGUGUGUAAAACGGGUUUCCUCUAUCAGUUGGAUUAAUAAUGGGGUCUUUGGCUAGCAGGACGGCGACAGCUAUUAAUACAAUGAAAUUUAUGAUUCUGUGGAAAAGAAAUGAGUAAUUUAAAGUUCCUCUAGAGAAAUGGUACUCAAAAUUGGCUUUAGGAACCGGUCAUUAGUUAUGGCGGGGGUAAUAUUUUUCAUGGUAAAAAUGUUGCUGACCCAACCAUUAAAAAGUCCACCUUUCUUUGGAGACACAACUUGCCUCCCAACAAAUCGGAAAAUGGUCAAGAUAGUGACUCUUAAUCAGAUUAGUUUACAUAUGAGUGAUAUGACUAUUGAUUAGUUAGCAUACAGUAUGACUAUUGACAUUGCUUUGUUUACAUAUGACUCUUGAUUUGUUUACAUAUGACUCUUGAUUUGUUUACAUAUCACUCUUUGUAUACAUAUUGACUCUUGAUUAGUUUACAUAUGACCCUUGAUUAGUUAGCAUGACUGUUGACAUUGCUUUUUACGCCUGUAUUCUAAAAGCUCACUCACACUCAAUGAGUGCAGGUUCAAUCUGAGCUUCUUUUGAGUAUCAAUGCUAUUUUUGAAUAGCUGGAGGGUUAGUAGUCACAUAGUAAGGUACGACACUAUCCCUCCAGCUAUUCAAAAAUACCAUUGAUACUAAAGAGAAGCUCAGAUUGAAUCUCCACUCAUUGAGUGUGAGUGAGCUUUUAGAAUACGUGCCGUUAGUCUUCAAUAUUCGAGUGAGUCAUGCUUUGGAAAUGACAUUCAUGAGGAAAACACAAAGAGAAAUCAUAAGCGUGUCGUGUCUUUAUAUGUGAUAAAACACGCUUCAAAUUUCAACUUGUAUUUUCUCAGCUAAUACAAAGUUAUUUUGGAAAAUUAUUUCGCCAAUGCCGUGAUCUAACUGAGACGUUUUUGAAGCUGUUUAAUAAACUCGUAGUUCGUGUUUUAUCACAUAUAAAACACUCCGCUACGCGUCGUGUUUUAUAUGUGAUAAAACACUCCUGCUCGUUUAUUAAAUAGUACAUAAAUUUUCAUUACCCAACCCUUGAGUUGUUUUGUUUUUCAUUCACCCAACCUUGUUCUCACUCAAAAUUUUGUUUACCCAACCCUUUUCUCUUCGGUGCCAGCCCUGCCAUAAAUAAUGACCGCUCCCUUAAAAGCCCCUGUCUUAACCUUCUAAAACUGCAUUAAAUUCAUACAACAGAUAAUACACGACACGUUUUCCUUAAAGUUAUUUAUUUGAAGACUUUUGUUUUGGCUGGUGUCGUCGCGUUGCCGUCCUGCAUGCUUUAAAUCCCUGGUUGAAAUGGACUGGACCAGAUGAAUUCUUGGAACUGUUUAUGGGUUCAGAAUUCGUCCGUGUCUACAUGCGAAAAUAGUUUGAAAAUUUAAAUGGUAUAUUUUGUGAUUGGCUUGGGGAAACAAAGGUUUCCGAAACAAAUGUGAACUACAGUAUUGUUAACCCUUUCAUGAUUCUAAAUUUAUUGGUUUUAAAGGAUCACCACGAUCACUGUCAAUUUGAAGAUGGUAUAUCGUUUUAAGUUUUGAAUUUCUGGAAUGGAAUUGGCUAUUAUUGUCUAUAUUAUAAUUAUCAGUCAGAGUUGUUGUCCAAAGCUGGCUGUUAGAAUAUACACUUGUGAUAAUUUGUAAUAAUUUAAAACUUUUUAACUGUUGUUGUAUCUCUUGUAAUUAUGUCAGAUAGUG